CGCGAUUCCUUCGACCUAUAUAACUCCCCCCAACUCUUCAAGCCGGCGUGCGCCCCCGUCCACCCCUCCUCCCCAGCGCCGCUCUCGCAUCGAGACGACCCGCGUCCACCGCGCCCGUGCGCCGCACCCCCGCACCCACGGAAGUAACUUAAUUUCUUGACCAACAUGUCUCGGGAGGAGAAUGUUUACAUGGCCAAGCUCGCUGAGCAGGCAGAACGGUACGAGGAGAUGGUUGAGUACAUGGAGAAGGUGGCUAAGACUGUGGAUGUAGAAGAGCUCACCGUUGAGGAGCGUAACCUUCUCUCUGUUGCCUACAAGAAUGUCAUUGGGGCUCGCCGUGCCUCAUGGCGCAUUGUCUCCUCCAUUGAGCAGAAGGAGGAGUCCCGUAAGAAUGAGGAACAUGUUGCUCAGAUCAAGGAAUACCGUGGCAAGAUUGAGGCCGAAUUGAGCAAUAUCUGUGAUGGUAUCCUGAAGCUGCUUGACUUGCACCUUGUGCCUUCCUCCACUGCUGCAGAGUCAAAGGUGUUUUACCUCAAGAUGAAGGGUGAUUAUCACAGGUACCUGGCUGAGUUUAAGACUGGCGUUGAGAGGAAGGAAUCUGCGGACAGCACAAUGGUGGCUUAUAAGGCAGCUCAGGAUAUUGCACUGGCUGAAUUGGCACCUACUCAUCCAAUCAGGCUUGGACUUGCACUUAACUUCUCAGUGUUCUAUUAUGAGAUUCUGAACUCUCCAGACAGAGCUUGCAACCUUGCAAAGCAGGCUUUUGAUGAGGCUAUCUCAGAGUUGGACACCCUUGGAGAGGAGUCAUACAAAGAUAGCACCUUGAUCAUGCAGCUCCUGAGAGACAACUUGACCCUCUGGACCUCCGACCUCACGGAGGAUGGUGCUGAGGAGGGCAAAGAAGCCUCGAAGGGUGAUGCAGGCGAGGGUCAGUAGCCUGGUAAACAUUGAUGGAUGGUUCGGCAUGUUUUUCAAGCCCAUUGUGUUGGACGCCCCAUGCUCCUCCAUGGAUUCCCCGAUUCCGAGCGUCGAGCCUUGUUCCCCUCACCCCUGCUCCAUUUCAUGUACUAGGCUGGUAGUGGUCGGAUUAGUCCCAUUGCAUUAGUUGUCACUGGGUCCAUUUGGACUGAUGGUAUUGAAGUCGUCUUCUCUGGCUUUUCUGUUGCAAUUAGUUGCCAUUUUGUUC